AGAAGAGCACGUGAUGAAAUUGAUGCCAGUUUUCAAUAAUUAAUUAACUAUAAUUAUGUACGAGUUGCGCUAUAGCCAUUUCAACUUUCAAGCAAGAAAAUCCACAGCAAAACAAGGAAUAAAAUAAAUAAAAAUAAAAGAAAUGGAAGAAAACACAGAGCCGCUAAUUAAGAACAAAAAACGAAAAGACUACGAUGAAAAUUGCGAGGCUUGCAAGGUUCAAAAGUUCAAGGAAUCGAACAAUGGGAUACCCUUUAAGCUUCUGCUUUAUGUCUGGAUUGUCACUCUUUCAGCAGCCUUGCCAAUAUCGUCUCUCUUCCCUUUCCUUUACUUCAUGGUUAGGGACUUCCAUAUUGCAAAAAGGGAGGAAGAUAUAAGUUCGUAUGCCGGUUAUGUGGGAGCUUCAUUCAUGUGUGGCAGAGCUUUCACUUCUCUUCUAUGGGGAUUUAUUUCUGAUAAAUAUGGUCGGAAGCCAGUAAUUAUCUUCGGCACAAUUACAGUAGUUGUUUUCAAUGCACUUUUUGGCCUUAGCGUAAAUUAUUGGAUGGCAAUUUCUACAAGGUUUCUUCUCGGAAGUUUAUGCGGAAUGCUAGGUCCUUUGAGGGCAUAUUCUUCUGAAAUUUGUCGAAGAGAAUACCAAGCUUUAGGGAUGUCGGUAGUGAGUUUCAUCAUCAUUCUUGUUCUUGUUUCCACAUAUUUGAUCAGCACAUCUUGGGGUAUCGGCUUAGUCAUUGGUCCAGCUGUCGGUGGAUUUCUUGCACAGCCUGCAGAGAAGUAUCCCCAUAUAUUUUCCAAAGAAUCUCUAUUUGGGAGGUUUCCAUAUUUUUUACCUUGUUUGGUGAUAUCAGCCUUUGCUUUGGUGGCAUUUUUCUUCUCUUACCGGCUUCCUGAAACUCUUCACAUCCAUCGUGAGGAAAAUGUGAAAUGGUUAGAAGAAAAUACACACGAACCGAUUCACUCCGAGAAAAUCGAACUUCCUGAGCUAGAAUCCUCUGCAUCUCAAAGAAGCCUCUUAAAAAAUUGGCCCUUGAUAUCUUCUAUUAUUGUGUAUUGCAUUUUUCAACUUCACGACAUGGCCUAUAGUGAGAUAUUCUCCUUGUGGGCUGUAAGUCCAAAGAAUCUUGGGGGAUUAAAUUUCACUACAACAAUUGUUGGAGAAGUUCUUGCAAUCACAGGGUUCGGUUUGGUAGUUUUUCAGCUCUUUGUAUAUACUUGGGUGGAGAGCUUGUUGGGGCCUGUUAUGGUUGCUCGUAUUGGAGCUGUCAUUUCAAUACCAUUGCUGUCGAGUUACCCGUUUAUAGCCAGAUUAUCUGGUCCGCUUCUCUUUUUGGCGCUUAAUUCGGCCUCUAUGUUGAAGAAUGUACUCUAUAUAUCCAUCAUGACCGGCUUGUUGGUUCUUCAAAACAGAGCUGUGUCCCAAGAACAAAGAGGAGCUGCAAAUGGCAUAUCUAUGACUGCUAUGUCGGAAAACAUUAUGGUAAAGCAGCAACUGGAAGCACUGCUGCAUGAAAAUACUAUUUUGAAGCGAGCUGUUUCUAUCCAACAUGAGAGACAGAAGGCAGUUGAGGAAAUGGGUCAGGAAUUGCAUCAGCUAAAACAGCUGGUGUCUCAGUACCAGGAGCAAGUCCGAACACUUGAGUUUAAGAACCUUGAAAUCGAUGUAAAAGAGAUGGCUAAUCCGCGAAGAACCUCGUAUUCCUCGAACCAGCUCCCGAUUUCGGACCCGAUCCCACAAUUCCAGUUCCAAACCCAUCAAUCGGCGGCGACCCUGUUGAAUUCCCUCAAGAUUUUCCUCAAAAAGCCUCACGCGUUCCCUUUUCUCCUCUCCAUUUUCCUUCUCCUCACGUGGGUCUCGCUUAGAUUCCAGCACCGUUACUCCAAUCCUGCGUUUCAACGGUCUUCGUACGCUGGGGACGCGAAAAACGGAGGUUUUUUUAAGGAUUCAAAUUCGAAUCUUGUGAAGUUCCCAUCUUUUUCCUCUCUCGUGAUGAGGGACAAGCGCGGCUGGUUGAUUAAUCCCGUUUCACUUGCCUUGGAUUCUGGCAUUCAAGGAGGGGCUUUAUAUUGUGCUUCUAUUCAUGUGGGUGAGAUUCGACCUGGAAGCUUGAGGGGAAAUCAUAGACACCAUACUUGUAACGAGACAUUUGUUAUAUGGGGAGCUAAAACUGUGUUCAGGCUCGAAAACAAAUCACUGGCGAGUGGGUUCUCUGAGAUAACAAUCGGCCCUGAAGAAGUUGCGGUGGCCGCGAGUCCUAGCGGCACUGCACAUGCCUUGAUGAAUAUCGACACGAAAAAGAUCACGUUUUUCUUAGGAUGUCAAGACAGCGUGAUAAAUUACAACGCGUCGACUACUGAUUCUAAUGUAUGGAAAGAUCUUUAGUUACCAAAAUCUUUUAGUUUCCUUUUGUAAGGAGAUGAUUUGUGUGGCUAUUUUUGCCAGGAGGCACAGUUUUUUUUUUUUUU